CUGAAUUGUUUUUUAGCAAAAAGAAUUAUAGAAGAGAGAAUGCGAGAAAAUUUUGGGUUUGUUGCAACCGUCCGAUUCCUGUAAAGCUUCGAUCUGUACUUUGGUCGCCACUUUCAGGUCAUGAAUGCUAUAGAUCCGACUGUCUGAAACAGAAUUCGUCGCAUUGUAAUUGGCAUUUGAGCUCUGUUUUAUCUUCGAACUUGGGAUCCUAAGCGCACUCUUCGAGCUUCCAUUCCGUGUUUGAAGCAAUUUGAAUUGGGAAAUUGUUGCUCCUGCCGUUUUGCAUGUUUACUUGCAUUCUUGCGAUAUAUGCGCUCCAGUUGACUCGAUCACACUGAGUGUCAGGUCAAUGCGUGUUUGGAUUGAGUUAAACUGAAGGUCGAGAGGACAGCAACUGGCGUACAAGUUUGAGUGCGGUUGCUGCCAAAACUGAUUGUUGGGGCUUGAAUUUCUAAUCAGCUCGAGCUAUAUGUCAAUUCUGGGUUGCACUAUAGACUUCUGUAGGUCAUCGAUUUUGGGCUGUAUGGAGAGCUCCAGGUGACAUUUCUCUAGUACAAUCUUGGGUAGCGGAAAUGCCUCCUUCCCCAGCAUUGAGAUUCUCUCCUGGAAGAGAGCCAAAAACAGUCAGCCACAAGCGUGGGCGCAGUCUUGAAGGUGGAUUACUCUACAGGGAGAAAGAUGAUGAUCUUGCUUUGUUCAAUGAAAUGCAGUCCAGAGAAUCAGAGAAUUUUUUGCUUCAGUCAUCAGAUACCGUUGAAGACCCAUUCUCUGUGAAGUUGAGACAUUUUUCUGAUAUUAAGCUUGGAAUCUCCGUUCCUGGUCGAGGAGAAAGCAGCGGACUGCUUAAUGCAGACGGUGACAAGAAUGACUAUGACUGGUUACUGACGCCCCCAGACACACCACUUUUUCCUUCAUUAGAUGAGGAUGAGCCACCACCAAUCAAUGUUCCGAGCCGGGGAAGGCCUCAGAGUAAACCCAUUUCCAUAUCGAGAUCUUCUACGAUGGAAAGAAGUCGCAGAAGUAGCAGGGGGAGUGCAAGUCCAAAUCGCCUUAGUCCAUCUCCUCGUACUGGAAAUAGCACAUCCCAGUCACGGACUGGGCCAUCAUCAGUGUCCAAUUCCAGCCCAACUCAAAACUUGCGGCAUGCUACUCCGUCAAGAAGACCAUCUACUCCUCCAAAUAAGCCUUCAACACCUGCACCGAGGUCCUCUACUCCUACUCCUAGGAGAAUGAGCACUGGCUCCAAUGGGCCUGUAUCAGGGAUCAGGGGAACUUCCCCAGUCAAGACAAGUCGUGGAAACUCUGCUUCACCAAAGAUAAGGGCAUGGCAAACUAAUAUCCCUGGUUUCUCCUCUGAAGCUCCCCCAAAUCUUCGAACCUCUCUGGCUGACAGACCAGCAUCAUAUGUGAGGGGUUCAUCACCUGCAUCCAGGAAUGGAAAGGAUCCUACCACUAGAUACAGUAGGCAGUCAAUGUCUCCAACUGCUUCUAGAAGCAGUAGCUCAUUUCAUAGUCAUGAUAGAGACCGAUUUAGCUCACGCAGCAAAGGUUCUAUUGCAUCAUCUGGUGAUGAUGAUACUGACUCUAUACAGUCCAUCCAAGUGGGUAGUUUAGACCGGCUAAGUUCAAGAAGGAGUAGCUCAGUUAUAAAUAACAGAACUCCUGCCAUUUCCAAGAAGACUGCCAAAACGGUGUCUCCAAAUUCUGCUCCAAAAAGAUCAUUUGACCCUGCCCUUCGCCAAAUGGAUCGAAAAAGUCCUCAGAACAUGUUCAGGCCACUUUUGUCAAGUGUGCCAAGUACUACCUUUUAUGUUGGAAAAGCAAAUUCUGCUCGCAAUAAUUCUCUGGUAUCCAGGAAUUCCUCAAUCACAACAAGCAGCAACGCCAGCUCUGAUCAAGGUACAAGUAUUGCACUUGAUACUGAAGGGAGUGAUCACAACCAGGAUGAUGUGGCUAGUGAAGCUGAGAAAAUACCAUAUCCUGAUAUACAUGAAGAAGUCUUUGCCUUUGAUAAGGAUGAUGUGAUGAAUGCUGAUACUGGGCAUGAGAUCGCCAAUGAAUCAGUUGAUGCACAUCUUAAUGAAAGUAAAGGCUCUAAGAUUGAUUGCGGUCCCACUAUAGCUGAAGAGUCCUUAUACCAUGGUAUUGCUGCUGCCACCAUUGAAAGUUCAGAAACUACCAAUGCCAAAACUGAUAUUAUGGAAACUGAUGGUUUUGAAAAUACAGCAAUCUGUUCUCAAUGUGGUUGUCGAUAUGAGGCCUCUGAUCAAACAGAGAAGGAUGUUAGACUUUGUCCAGAAUGCAGUGGGAAGUAUACAAUGCUGAGAGUCAUCCCCCAGGAGACAGUUUUGGCUGUCGCCGAAGACUCUUCAAUGUUUUCUACUAAUGGGUCCACUGAAGAAAAACCAGGAGCUGAAACUGACCAAUUAAUGGUUUCAUGUGAAUUGCCUCAAGAUACCAAUGUGGAUGGUGAGAGAGGUGCUGAACGAAGCCAAACGUCAUACAGUGAGGUAAUCCAGGAUCAGUCACAACAAAUUCCUCCUCCAAGCUCAGCAGCAGAGGGAAGUGGCGAGAUGCCCGCCAACCAGUUAGACAUGGACCAAUCAGGAGCUGAUGGCAGAAAUCCUUAUAGUAAUGUUGGGGACCAGCAGUUGUAUCACCACAAUGAUCGCCGAAAUUCAAAAAUGGACCUCUUGGGAGGAGCUGGCAUAUCUGUAUUGCUGAAGAGGUCAAGCAGCAGCAAAGGACCGGUAGUUCAAGGCAGGACUUUUACUGCCACGACCAUAUCUUAUGAUGAUAUAUCUCUUGCAAGAGGGAGUGUAAACAGCUUCAGAAGUUCUACUGGGCAUGGAAGUUAUUCUGCCUCAUCAUCAGUUGAUUUCAGCCCAGCCAAAAAAAUGGACUCCGGCAUGCAGCGACAGUUAAGUAGCAGGAAGUUGGAUGUAGAUGGUGGGCAUGAUAUAAGGAUCAAGCAUGAAAGA